UUCUAUGUAUUGUACGACAUGGAUUUUUAAUCAGUUGAUUAGUAUGAAUAUCUAAUAAACAAUAAAUGAAAGAGAUCUAAUUGAAUCAUUGUAAAUAUUUAUUGAAUAGUGAUUAAAUAAUUGAUUUUAUUUAGAUUUUAGAUGCAUUCGAUACCGAGAAUUAUGUUCAAAUGGUAAUGCCCUUACAUGGUCAUGGCAUUGAUUUAUACGAAUUUAUUGAAAAAGGUGCCAAAAUUGAUGAACCAUUGGCAAGUUAUAUUUUCCGACAGGUAGUCGAUGCGGUGAGUUAUUUACAUUGUAAUCAUAUUGCUCAUCAAGAUAUUAAAGAUGAAAAUUUAAUAAUCAAUGAACAAUUUCAUAUAAAACUUAUUGAUUUCGGUUCAGCAAUAUCUAUAACUCAAUCAGAUAUGUAUACAAGUAAUUUUGGUGGUACAACUGAAUUUUGUUGUCCGGAAUUUUUUCAAACUGGAAGUUGUCAACCAUUUCUAGCUGAUAUAUGGGCUAUGAUGGUAACAUUAUAUGUAAUUAUAUUUCGUCGAUAUCCAUUUUUAAAUCCUGAUGAAAUAAAACGAUGUCAAUUAGAUUUAAAAUUUUUACAAUCACGUAUUUCAGAAGAACUUUAUGAUUUAUUUACAUCUACACUUAUUCGUCAACCCUAUCAUCGUUUAACAAUGCAUGAAAUUGAAAAACAUGAUUGGGUUCAACAACCAUUUCAUAUAGAAUUAUAUUCAUGGAAUAUUAUUACACAAAAUUCAUUAGAAGAAACAUUUUUAACUGGUAAUCAUCUACCAAGUGGUGAUGAUGAUAAUAAUAAUGAUCAUUCAUUUGCUAGUUUAUCACGUCAAAUACAAAAUCAAUUUCAUUUAUUUGAUAAAAAUAAAAAAGAUAUUAAAUCAGAUAAGAAUGAUCUUCUUGCUUAUUUAAAUUUGACAGCUGCCACAUUUUUUUCUGGUGGUACAAAUAAUUACGUUCAUAUGUGGAAUUCUCAAUUGGUUAUGUGUAUUCUUAUAUUGAAUUGUUGCUUAUAUUGUACUGUUCAUUCACACGAAAGAAUUCCGAUUCAUGAUGAUACCAAUUCAACAAAGGAGAAAGUUUUAAUAUCAUCGAAAGAUUUAUUACCAAUAUGGCCAAAUCAACAAUUUAUUGUAUGUUUUAUUAGUGUUUCACUUGGUACUAUUUUGUUUUUUAUAACAUUUAUUGUACCUGCUACGAUUAUUAUACGUCGAGCAAGACGAAAUAAGAAUCGAUUAGAUUUAAGAGAAUUAAGACGUAUGAGUGAUUUUAUGUAA